AUGUCGAUACUUUUCCGGUCAUCUCUACGAGCAGCGUCAUCUUCUUCAUCGCGACUUUUACCAAUUUCAUACACUUCAUCAAUACGAUACAAUUCGACAAUCCCCACAUCCAAUCAAGAACAAAGUUCAAACGCACCUUCAUCAUCUGCAUUAUUUCCUACCCCUUCUUCUCCCAAUCGAAAUGCAAACUCCAAAGUCAACACAAACAAUUCAUCGUCAUCGUCAUCGUCAUCAUCUUCUUCUUCUCAAGAAGCAUUCAAGAAAUUGAAGUUCGACGCUAUAUCGACACCUUCUUCAUCAGAUCCUGAAAGUUGGUGGAGAACUUUAUCCAAUAAAAAUCAAGGUGGUUUUCCAACGUUCACUUCUACAGGCAGAUCAAUAAUGGUUCCAAAAGGUGGUGAAUUUUUAUCUUCCUAUAAACGAUUACAAGGUCUGUUGAGAAAUAGUAAUUUGAAGAAAGAAUUGAGAAUAGCAGAAUUUCAUGAGAAAGGUAGUGUUAAAAGAAGAAGAUUGAUUUCCGAAAGACAUAGAAGAAGAUUUAGAGAAAUGGUUCGAACAAAGGUCCAACAGGUAAUCUCCAUGCGCAAUAGAGGAUAG